GGGGCCUGAGUCUGGACCCGGAAGCGGCUGAGGCAGCCUCUCGGCGGCGCUCGGCAGUCGGCGUCGGGCAGCGGCCGCUGCGGAGCCGGGAGUCGGGUUUUGUGGUGAUCUGAUUCCCUUGAGCGGAGGCUGCAGGUGCCAUGUCUGACGUGCUGGUGGGAUUGUGAGCGUGCAGCCAUUGCUGCAGCGGCUGGAGUGAUGCUGCAUGGGGUCCGUCUGCUGCUGCCCUGCAGUCCUGCCUAGCUCAUGACGGGUGCCUUGGAGUGGGUGAAUGCCGGCUGAAUGCAAGGCCUGCGGUCUGUGUGCUGGCUGAAGCCGGUGCCCGUCUGUCCAAGCGUUCCACUCUCUGCCAGCGUCAGUGGGUCUCAGUCGCGUCAACCCUCCCUCUCCUUCCCCCAUUAGUGCUGCUGAAUAGGCCCAAGAGCCAGCCAGGCCCCUGCGGUGAUUUGGAGGCAGAUCCCGACGCCCGUGAUGGUGGGAGCCAUUCCUCGGCAGCCGCGCCGCUUCUGGGGGGUGCCCGGAUGGCAGGUGUCUCCAGCUAGCUGUGCCAACGACCGUCUGCUGCUGGGGCAGGAGAGCUGCUCGGCGAGGGGUGGGUGAUGCGGCGCUGCAGUGCACUUCGUAGUGGAGGGCUUGUCUGGAGGGAAGGGGUCUGAUACACCACGCCCUUUCUUCAGUCCCGUGACCUCCUGACACCGUACACCCCUUCCCUGCCGCUUUAUGGGCUGUUUUGUCUUUGGCUCUGGUUGGGGUCCAGCCCGCUAAGGCUCCAUGCGGCACAUCCAUGCUGAGGCGUCCCUCCCCCAGGAGCAUGGCACAGACUCGGGCCUGUCCCGGCCAGGUGGCCAGGCGGCCUUGGACCCCACCCCAGAGCGCUGCCCCCGCCGCAGCAUCGUGAUGGGCUACAACAAGACGGAGAUCAAGCGCCAGAAGGUUUAUCAGGUCUCCAUCUUCUCCCACCUCUCCAGCUCCUCCGAGCCAGCAGACCAGAGAGCUGGGGGUGGGCGGCAGGCCAUCAAGAGAGGAUACCCAGAGCAGUGGGCUCCGGAGGCUGGGCGGGAUCCCAAGCGAGCCCACUGGGGGGGCACAGGGGCUGAGGCCAGGCAGGACGGGGUCCCUGGGGAGCUGCACCCUGGCCAGGACGCCCCAGACGACGACGCCUUGGAGGACGGGCUGCUGGUGGAGGAGCUGUCCCUUUGUGGCUCUGCCCAGCACUUCUCCCACAGCGGCCUGCGGGUGGUGGAGCACCGAUGUGGGGCCCGGGAGAGCAGCCCCAGGGCCUGCAGAGAGGACAGAUUGCAGGAGGCUGCCUCCUCCUGGCCACAGCACACAGCUUGCAGCACUUUGCACAUGAGAGACAGUUGCCCUGCCCAGCUGGGGGCUGGCCCCUUGGGGAGUCCCAGAGCCUGUGGCUCCGUGGAGGGCAGGGAGUGCCCCGGGUUGGCUGAAACCAGGGAACAGCCUGCAGAGGGGAGCGGGGCCCGGAGGGAGGAAAGGGCUAGCAGCCAAAAUCGACUUGACAUUGAUUUGCACAAUAUUGCACAAAAAUCCUGGGCAGCCUCGGGUGGGGCGGGGGAGGAGCAGCCAGGGGGCAGCCCCGCCCGCAGCCAUGGGGCUGGCAGAGAAGGGGAGCCGCUGACUGGGGCUGAUGGGCACAAGGAGCCCCACACCCCACGGGUGGCCCUGGGCCCCGAAAGCAACGGCCUGGGCUCCUCGGAGAAAACGCCCUGCAUGAGCAGCAGGCUCCCCGGGGCCGGCGGGGGCAGCUGCGCGGCGAAGAGGAAGCUGCUGCCCUCGGGCGAGGGGGACUCGUGUUCGGAAGACGAGAGCGUGGCGCUGGUGAGGAAGAAGAGGGCCCCGCUGUGCCACCCCAUCCUGACCGCCUGCCGCAGCACCGACGCCAAGGGCGCCCCCUUCUGGAACCACCUGCUUCCAGGAGCCAAGCGCUCCGCAGACGGCACUGCGGUGGGGCGAAGGCUAAAGAGUGGGCUGCGCCUGAAAUCGAGACAUCUCCGCAGCAGCCUCCGGAAGGGGCCUGUGGGCACCCGGCCCUCCACAGCUGCCUGGGCCACCACCUCCAUCAGCCAUGCUCUGCUGGGGAACUUUGAGGAGUCCAUCCUGAAGGGGCGCUUCGCCCCAUCAGGCAGGAUUGAAGGGUUCACCGCGGAGAUCGGGGCCAGCGGCUCCUACUGCCCCCAACACGCCACCUUACCUGUCGACGUGACCUAUUUCGACAUCUCGGAACACAGCGCACCCUCACCUUUCCUGGGAGUGAUAGACUUGGAAGCCUUGGGAAAGAAGGGUUACAGCGUCCCCAAAGCUGGAACCAUCCAAGUGACCUUAUUUAACCCUAACAAAACUGUGGUGAAGAUGUUCCUGGUGACGUACGACUUCCAGGACAUGCCGGCCAGCCACAUGACCUUUCUGCGCCACCGCAUCUUCCUGGUGCCCGUGGGGGAGGAGGGGCCCGGCGAGGCACCCAGCGACCCAGCCUGCGCCAGCCCACCCAGAAGGGUCCUUUGCUACCUGAUGCAUCUGAGGUUUCACAGCUCCAAGUCGGGGAAGAUCUACCUUCACAACGACAUCCGGCUGCUCUUCUCCCGCAAGUCGAUCGAGGUCGACUCGGGGAUCCCCUACGAACUGAAAUCCUUUACGGAGAUGCCAAGGAACCCCUGCUACUCACCCCGGGCCUGAGUGCAGGGAGUCCCAUGCCCCCCUCUCCACCCUCACCCCAGCACUUCGUAGACAAGUAAAGGGCAAGAGAGCGGAGCCGUCUCCUCCCCCAGAGGUACUGGCCCCCACCAAGCUGCGGGGUGGUGAGGCACACACACAUAUACCCCUGGACAGCAGCUUCACGCCUGUACCAGUGGGAGCACGGAGCCGGGGGUGAUGGGAUCAUGGAGAUGGCUGCAUGGUGUGUCCGGGAGCUGGCAUGCUGGCUCCUGUGCCCCCAGUGGGUCAGAGACGCUCCUAGGCCUCUGGUUGCCACAGCUCCAAGCCAUGCCCUUCAAGGGAGGCUCGGGGGCAGGAGGGCCCUCGGUCUGUGGGGCUCGGAUCAGGCGGAGCUGAGCUGGCUCCCAGGCUGUGGGGAAGGAUGGAGCAGAUGGCAGCUCUCAGAGGGGGAGGUGCUGUAUUUAUUAGUAUUUAUUGUUGGUGAGGAGCCAGGAUGGAGAGUUCACGGUGUGGCUCAUAACCCAGCCUUGACCACAAGUGCAGUGAGUCCGACGGGCUCUGCUCUUGGUGCUGUGUGCAUGUUGCACGACCAACCACACAGCCCAGCAUGACAGCAGAGGCUGAGCAAGAGACACUCAGCACUGGAAGAGCAGGGGAGACUGAGUCAGGAUUGAGAGGUAUCAACAAAACUGGUUGGUGGGACAG